AUGGCCUCUCCAGUCCUCAAGCAUGGAUUUUUCAUGGCAUUUGUCCUCACUUUGUCCGCCCUCCAAAUGGCGAGUGCUAGUGAUCCAGACAUCACAACUGAUUUCCUAGUCCCACAGAAUAUUACCACAGUUGAUGGAAACUUCUUCACAUUCACCGGCAUGAGAGCUGUUGUGCCGAUAGAUCCUCCUACAGCUUUCAAAGUAACGAAAGCAAGCCUAGCGGAGUUCCCGGCUCUCAACGGGCAGAGUGUCUCGAUGGCAGUUCUUGAGUACUCGGCCGGCUCAGUCAACCCGCCACACACGCAUCCUCGUGCAUCGGAGCUCCUGUUCCUUCUUUAUGGAUCACUGGAGGUCGGAUUUGUUGACACGACCAACAAGCUCUUCACUCAGACCCUUCAGGCCGGCGACAUGUUCAUAUUUCCCAAAGGACUGGUUCACUACCAGUAUAAUGCUAAUGCAACAGAUUACGCAGUAGCCAUUUCUGGAUUUGGCAGUGCAAGCGCUGGAACUGUCUCGCUUCCUACAACUGUAUUCUCCACCGGCAUCAACAGCAGGAUCUUGGCCAAGUCAUUUAAGACGACCGUUCCCACCAUUCACACUCUCAAACGUGGGCUUAUACCGCCCAAGGCCUAA